AUGGAAGAUCCAUCAUAUUCACAAAAGUUGCAUCUAAACCGUCCAGCAGGUCGCAAAAACGAUAUCAUCCGAAUCAACGAUCUUAUUCUUCUUGUCUCGCUUCAUACGGGUGCCCAAUGGCAGGCGGAGACAGAUGAACCGGUGGAACAACCUGUUACAAUAUCACUUUCCGUUUACCACGACAUUUCGAGCGCUGCUUUGACCGACAAACUUUCACAUUCAAUAAAUUACGUGGAAGUGACGAAGAGAAUUCGAGAGGCAGGGAUCUCGCGCCCCUUCCAAAGCCUUCAGGAUUUAGCAAAUCAUGUCAUAACAUCACUCGCGACACUUCCAUCGUUGUCGCCUCACCUUGACGGAAUGCAGAUUCACCUCGUCGUCAGACAGUUGAAAGCUCCGUUGCACGCGAAAAGCAUAUCAUCCAACAGCUUUGCGAAAUUCAUGGUUGAUGGGUCGUGGGUUGCCGAAAAGUUCGUCCAUGAUAUUGAAGACCUCGUUUGUCCUGCAAUCAUUGGGGUCAAUGUUGAUGAACGACUCCAAAAACAAGAUGUCGUAUUGAACUUGUCCAUUUAUACUGCCAACCAUGGCAUCGGAUACGAUAAUUGGAUCGACUUCCGAUCCCUUAUUUCAAUGUUGUACGAGGCAGUUUCUGCAUCCGAUUUCCUGACCUUGGAGGCUUUGACGUCCUACAUUGCCUCAGAAACACUGACUUUCCUCAGCUCUCGUCAAUCUCCAGCUGUUUCGGUCAGAAUUGCCAAACCUUCGGCCCUACCGCUUGCACGCUCCUCUGAGGUAGAAAUUUACCGCACUGCUGCUGAUUAUCCUGGAUUCGAAGACGAAGCCGCCUGUACUACACCUAAAGUCGAAAAAAUUGCUGUAGCCGUUGAACGUCACGAAAACGAUGCUCAUACAGUCGCCAUUGCCCUUGGUUCUAAUCUCGGAGACUCGGUUCGCAAUAUUGAAUACGCACUCCGUUUACUUGAAACCCCUUUAGAGAUCCUCAGACAUAGCGACGUCUCCAUGGAUGCUGAACCAUACGUAAACGUCGUAGAUACGUCGUUCAUGUACGAAUCUGCGCCUAUGUAUGUGACUGAUCAGCCCUCUUUUAUUAACUGUGCUUGCAUGGUGGAAACAAACCUCGCCCCGGUUACUCUCCUGUUCCUGGUGAAGGAAAUCGAAUCAAUUGUAGGGCGAGUUCCUUCAAUUCGCAAUGGCCCUCGUGCCGUCGAUCUCGAUAUUAUAUUCUACGACGACGAUAUCAUUGACACCCGGUCAGGCUUGAAGGAUUCUAAAGACCUGCAAGGGGAAUUGGUGGUCCCACACCCACUUGUUCAAGAAAGGGAAUUUGUUUUAAGACCAUUGAAUGAUAUGAUUCCAGAAUAUAUCCACCCCAUCCUCAAACGACGUGUAGGGGAUCUCUUGCAUGCCAUAUAUGAUCCCACAUUGCCACCAAUGAACAAAGUAAUACCAUUCCCUUGUUCCCCUCUUCCGCCUCCCACUUCCGAAUCGACUGCCUAUCCGUCUAUCUCAUCGGUUCCCAAAACAUUGACUUUCUGGAAUUACCCCAGUACUUCGAGUGCUUUUCAAUCACCAUCGCAAGAUGCUUCGCCUUCUAAAACCCAUGUCAUGGCUACACUUAACGUCACUCCCGACUCCUUUUCUGAUGGCGCCAAGCACGAUGCCCUUCCUGCAGCCAUUCGUUACGCGACAAACUCAGUAGCCGCGGGAGCAUCCAUUAUUGACGUCGGAGGUUAUUCAACCCGACCUGGUGCCGCAUUCGUCAGUGUCGAAGAUGAAAUAUCCAGAGUGCAUCCUGCAAUCAAAAGCAUGCGUGACGUUGAUAUUUUAACAAAUCUUGCAAGUCAUACACUCUCGGCUGCUUCCAGCUUCGAGCAGGUCAUCGAAAAAGUCAUGAACGUGCCCAUUAGCGUUGACACCUUCCGAUGGGAGGUUGCGGAGGCUGCUCUUAAUGCUGGCGCGAAUUGCAUCAACGACGUCUAUGCCUUCACUGGCCCAGACUCCUGGCCUCUUUCCUCGGCCUCUGACCCCGGAAAGGGGCAUGCAGAAAUAGAAUGUAUGGAAGGCAUGAAGCGUGUAGCCAGGGCAUACGCCGUUCCUGUUAUACUUAUGCAUUCCAGGGGUGACGCCGGAAGAAACAAGGAUUAUAGUCCGUACGAAUACGCCGGUCAUGAUGGCCCUGCUACUCUCGAAGGCGUUCGCGUCGAACUUGGAAGAAAGGUCGAGAAAAUUAUCAAAGGAAAGGGUGGUCUGCGACGAUGGUUUGUUGUUGUGGAUCCCGGGAUUGGGUUUAGCAAGUCUGUUAAUGGCAAUUUGGAAGUGCUGAAACGAGCAGCCGAUAUUGUCGCAGAUGUCAAAGUCGGAGGUCUUGGGGAUAUCGCCUAUCUCAAUCCUUUGAAAGGAUAUCCCCUGCUAAUCGGGGCGUCCCGAAAAUCGUUCCUGGGUAUCAUCUUGGCCCAGAAAUCAAGACGCGGGGAUAUAGACAGUAGCAGGGAAACCCAACCUCACGAACGCGGGUGGGCAACUGCCGCUGCGGUAUCGUGUGCAGUUCAGCAGGGAGCUCUCAUCGUACGCGUUCAUGACGUGCGCGAAAUGAUGGAUGUUGUCAAAGUCGCUGAGGCUUUAUGGAGAUGA